UGGUUGUCAUGGCCCGAGCGUGUCCGAAAACGUAGACGUUCCAGUACAGAGCAAGGGACCUGCUGCCAGUCGUAUGUUGAUUCGAAAUCCCAGUCAAACCGAGACUUUUCCUGCGAUGAGUUUACAUAAUCCGUCGGUGUGCGGUUGCGGUUGAGAUUUUCAUGAGCAGCUGUUGUACGACAACGCGGACUUUUGUCGUUAGAGGCAACAACAGCAGCAACAGUGAAGUGUCCCAGCGGCAGAGCAAAGCAGGAAGUGCUGCGAGCAACGCUACAUGUGAGUGAAAAAGUACAGGAAAUAAUUUCAAGAUCCUUUUGAUCUGGCGCGUAGGCAGAGCAAGUGCAAGCAAAGGCAAAGUAUAAAGCAAGGCAGUUGAGGCGGAAAAUCUGUGCUGAAAGUGUAUGCAAUACGCGAGUGCGGUUACGGUUGAUGGUUUGAGAGCUCGGCGGCUUUCAGUCAUUUCCACUUGUGUGCGAUUGUGGGGAUGCCCAGGUCCCGCGCGGUUGAACGGCACGUGCAAGUGAAACGUGGUGCAACAGAGUAAGAAGCCAGCAAUUGAAAAGGAAAAGUUUUCAUCGGCCGUCACAGCCCGUAGAGAAUUGUCGAGUUUCUCUUUUUUUUGCGAGAAAAUUAGACCGAGCUGCUAGUCGUCGCAUACUGCCGGUGGCGAGCACUCAUACAACCGUGGAUGGUGUAAACAAACGUCAGGACGAUUCAUCAAGCUAUGAGCAGCGGUUGAUUUGAGUGAUAGAUGUGGGGGUGACAUCGAGAUGGGCCAGGGGCUCGAACCGCUAACCGCAGAUCUUUGUCUGUCCUUCCGGUCGCAGCCCCCCCAGCUUCCGUCUCGCACUGAUUUCUUCGAGCAAUCGAAGAAGAAAGACGGAUUCAAAGCGAUAGCAAACAGCACCACAAUCGGAGCGACAGCACUACAACUACUAUUAACUGUGCAGAGGAAAACCAGUGGAAAGCGAAGCCACACGAAACCAUCAGCGUCAGCAAGCAUAAACAGUACACGCAAUCGGAACAAACCGAAGAAGCCAGGAUAGUUGCCCCCCAGCAGACCGUACACAGUCUCAAGCACACUGCAGUCGACUUGCUGUGCUUUCAAUGCUACUAGACUUUACUUCUAACGCCCACACGAUGGAGUUCGGCUGAGUCUCUACCCCAAUGCAUCUACUGAAGCCAACAUCAACUUAGUGCCUCUCACGGGGUGGCACUAUAGUAAAAAAAAAAAAAAAAAAAAACAAAACACCAACAACAACCGAUAGCUACUUUUACUAUUACACACCGAUACUACUGAAACGCUGAAGCCGUAACGACACUCUCCAGCGGGGGCUCUCAAAACAGCCACAAAGUGUUGCCUCUGGUGGCCAUGGAACCGCCUGGUGUGCUGCCACCGGACCGCGAUGGAGUCAAACUUCUACAGCAGCAGCACAGUCUACAGCAACCUCAGUCACCUCCACCGACAAUGGUCCUGGCGGCAGCAGCAACAACAACAUCGCAACAACUUCAGCAAACGCAGACCUACUCACAGCCUCAACCAACACAGCUACAGCUGCAACCAUACAAUCCCACACAACUACAACUAAUCUCCUCGCCACCGACGGCUAGCCAACAGCAGUUGAUCCUCUCGGCCACCACCCCGACUCCGUUGAACAACCAGGCCGGUAGUGGCGCCAUCACUGCUAACGUGCAGACCGGGAUCGAGCGGCUUUCGCGGCCGAUGGCUUUUGAUAAGAUGGAGGGCCUAGUUCGUGAAAUGCAAGACCCGGAGGCUGGUGUACCGGUACGCAGUCAGAAACUUUUUCUCACCUCAAUUCCUUCUGCAUUUAUGGGCUACGAUCUGAUCGAGUGGUUGAUGGAACGGCUGGGCAUCGAGGAAUCGGAAGCGCUCAACAUCAGCAACCAGCUGUGCAUGCACGGAUACUUUUUCCCCGUCUCGGAUUCCAAAACGCUGGUAGUUAAGGACGACUCGUCGCUGUAUCGCUUCCAAACCCCGUACUACUGGCCAUGGCAGCAGAAAGCCCCGGAUAACAUCGAGUACGCGAUUUAUCUCGCCAAGCGAUCGCUGAGAAACAAGCAACGACACGGUCUGGAGGAUUACGAAGCGGAAGCGUUGAGUAGUUUGCACAAGAAUCUCAAGGGAAAGUGGGACUUCAUUACGAUGCAGGCUGAGGAACAGGUUCGGCUGGCGAAAGAACGAAAGAAGGGUGAUAAGAUUGUAGGAGAUUCCCAGGAGCGAGCCUACUGGCGAGUUCAUCGUCCUCCGCCGGGUCAGUUUACACCGCUGGAACCCUGUCCCAUUCCGUCCCGUGAUCGCCAAGGAAAACCGCGAAAGCGUAAUGUUGACGAUUGGCAGCGGGAAGUGGAAAUUCUGAAGGCUUCGCUUGGCAGAAAUCGGGUUAAGAUGUCUCAAGCUUGCGAAAGUUUGGUGUCGUACUUCGAGACGUUCAGUGAGUACGAUCCGAUGAUGCAACCCCCAUUGCCGUCGAAUCCGUGGGUCACCGAGGACGUCAGCUUCUGGCAGAUGAACAAUCCGGUAGUGGAAAUACCGACGGAGAAGCGUGUGAAACGGUGGGGCAUUUCUAUCGAAGAGGUAGUGUCCGAUCCGACCGGGCUGCAGGAGUUUACUGCCUAUCUGAAGAAGGAAUAUUCUCACGAGAAUAUUCGAUUUUGGAUGGCAGUGAACGAUUUGCGACGGUCAUCACAUUCGCAGAUAACCCGGAAAGUGAAGGACAUCUAUGAAGAGUUUCUCGAGCCCGGUGCCCCUUGUGAGAUCAAUAUUGAUGGCAAAACAAUGGAAAAGGUGCAGCAGGGCCUGAAAAAUCCCUCACGGUUCUCGUUUGAUCUGGCUGCUGAACAUAUUUACAUGUUGCUGUUGAAAAAGGAUUGCUAUCCACGGUUUGUUCGAUCCGAGCACUACAAAACCUUGAUGGCUACUGCAAUUCAACCAUCGCACAAAAAGCGUUUUUUUGGGUUCGGAGGAGGAGCCAAAAAGAAAGGUUCAACAACGGCUGCUCCGAAUCCAUCACUUUUGUCACAGCCGUCAGCUUCAGGUUCAGGAAUUGUUAACAGCUUGUCGAAACGACGUGGAAGCGAUCGCAGCCUGUCCGGGUCGGCUCAUGAACUAGCUGUUUGUGGAGUAAAGGAUAGUACUAAAGUGCCACACUCUCAUAGCCAAAGCAAUCUCAGCGAUAUUCCGUACAGUGUUUCGAUCUACAGAGGUGACAUGCCAUCCGGUAGCUUUGUCGGACAAUCGGCCACACUAGUAGGAGCCAGAGAACAGAGAAACGGAAAGCAGGAAGUUAGUGGAAAAGCGUUGAGUACAACCCUGGAGGUUUCGCUGGAAUCGACGGGUGCCUGUUCAGUCUGCCCCUGGGAUACUCCACCAGCUGCAACCACCAAAACGGCCACUACUUCGAUCGUGGCUGGGAAAGAACCGUCCGCUGCCGUGUCUGUUUCCGUUUGUCCCUGGGAUGACAGCGAUGCUCAACUACCAUCAGCUAACAGCAAACCUCGAGCCCUGGAAGUGGUCCGACCAGCGGACAUAAGCGAAGUUUCGGAACGAAUGAAACGCUCGUGUGGCCUAAGACAAAACACCCUGGAUAGUGACUUCCACAGUUCGAAACGAUUGGCACCAGUGAUUACCGAGCAGCGACGAGCUUCGAUGACGAUGGCACCUAGACUAUCCGACCUUCAGUUUACGCUAAGGGCCAACUCGACCGGUGGCGAGUCGGACGAACCCACCACUGCACUGCAGCAUCAGCGAUCGGUAGAUUAUCCGCGAAACGUUUCCCAAAGCUCACUGUCGGCAAGCUUCGAAGAGCGGGACGAUUCUGUAGCGACUCCGCCUACGUUGUCGGAAGAGAAUAUCAACAAACAAAAAGUUAGGAGUGUUUCAGAGCAGAAAGCGGAACAGAUCAGUGUUGCCAGUGUUGUGAUCGAAAAAACUAUCGUAAAUGAAACAAACAAUGAACGUGUCAGUGAGUGUACGUGUGUUCCAGUACAACAAACAAAUAAUACUAACGUGAUUGAAGUGAAAGUAGACAAUCCAGAAUCGAUGGACGAAACAAAAAUCCGCGUGACAGAACGUAGGGAACUGAAUGUGGUCGAGAUCGAAGAUCGAAGCAAAGAAAGUGUUUCCGGCAAGCAACCACCCACGAUAAGUGUAUGUUUUGCUUCAGAAGAGGAAGUGCGUCGAAAACGAUCGUUAGUGGCAACCGAGCAGUCGGUUGAAGACGACCGCCAGGAAGCCGAGGAGGUGCAGUCCAUUCUAUUUAAUCCAGCCAUUGCUCAACCGCGCGUGAUGCCUCAACAGAUGGUUCGGGUCGAAGAGGACGGGGUUGAACAGCCUGAUCCUCCGCAGGACGCACCACUGCAAGCAGAGGAUGACAAUUUCUCCGAUACGAUCCCGCAUCCGAAUCAAUCAUCUUUAGAACAAGUAGAGUACGAAAUGUUGGAAGGAGAUAUUUUAGCACCGGGAUGCGUGGCGCCAGCUCCCACUCCGGCACCAUCGAUCGCCCCACUGGCAGAAGUGGAGAUGGAUCCCGGGGAUGAUGAGCCGGAAACGGAAACGGAUCACACGGAAACCUUUACGGUUCAUGUGACUACGAGAGAAAAGCAGGAGCAGGAGCCGGAAGCAUCCGCCGGUGCAACGGUCGUUAUAAUAGAGGAUCAGAUUAAGCGGAAGAAGAAACGGGAACGAAAGGAGCGGGAUAAGGAUUCGAUACAGCAGCAGAGGAGCGAGGAGGAGAACAGUGAGAAGAAGACCGAUGCGGUCUGCCCGUGGGAUGAUGAGGAUGAAUCGGCGGCAGAUGAUGCACCCUACGUGAAAACAUAUUCUACUCUUGGUUAUUUGUAAGAAUGUUGGUGGCAAUUUGCUUGAAUCUAACGGAAGCGCAUUGACGUGCUACGAGGAAGUGUGUGAUUGCAGCUAUCAAGAUUAGUUUCCAUUGUAGAGUAAGGAACAGCUUUUGAAGAUAGAGAUUGAUGCUAAAAACCCAAAAAGAAUUCUGAUUCAAGCCCUAGAACGAAUUCAUUUUGUGAAUUUUUGCUCCAUAAACCGUAGCGAAUAAUGACAGUUCUAGAGAAUGCGAUGGAUAAGGUUUUUGGAAGUGACCGAACAGAGUGGAAGUAUAGCCCAAAAUUUUUGUUUGGUGCAUCUGAGAGCCCCAAUAAAUACAGAUCGUCAAUAACGAGAAUGCAUCAUAUUGUUUUUCAACUGAGGCUAAAUUCUGUUCAGUCACUUUAGGAAGGGUUAGGAUUUUUUUAAGCUACGAGAACCAUUCCACUGUUGUCCGAUUCCAGGAAAUUUGCAACUAUGAGUAUGAAUCAUAAAUAUACUUAUAGUGUAACGAUAUCUCAAAAUGUGUAUCAUUACCUCAGCAAGAAAUGGUGAAUAAUCAGCACACAUGCACAUAUUGAGACCCUGUGCAUUAGAAAUGAUAAAUUUUUGAGCUGAAUCGAUUACCGUAUCGAUUCAGAAUAAUUUUUUUCUAGAAGUAAGUCAACAUAUAUGAUAGUCACUAACCUGGAAAUAUGUAACGAAUACGUUAGAUGUUAGUAAAGGAAACUACCAAUAGUGGAUAAGAUAAAUAAUAAGGAAAACCAAACUUUUCUCUAGUGCAUCGACAACUUGGAGAAACCGAACAUUUAUCUAAUGCAGAAGCAGUCAAAAAUUAUUUGUUCGUUCACAUAUUUCUAGCGGGACCUUAUUGGAGAACAAUAAAAGUCUUCAAAAGUUCUGCUGAAGGAUUUUCUUAACUCAUUAUUAUUAUCAACUUUUUACAAAGUGUAUCCAGAAAUAAACAAGACGUAAACCACUCCUAAUAGUACAUACGUGGAAUUAAAAUGGAAAAAAAAAUCGUAAAAAAUAUAUUCAUAAACAUAAGUAUGAUUGGAACCAACCCAUAAAUACAGAUUAACAUAUAAUACAAUACAUUUAUCUUCACAUCGUCAUAUAGUCGUUUGUCUAUAAAUGUCUCCGCUGUCACACGAGAGUGGUCGUCGAAAACUUGUACAGAAUGUUCCGUAACUACGCAGAGUUCUGUUGAGUUGAAUUCCUUCCCUGUGACGGCAGAGAUAAAUCCAAUUUGUUUGUUAUAUUGCAUGCUGCGAAUUCAGGACAUCAGCCGAAUGGUUCUCAAGAAAAAAAGUAGAGUACUUAAAAUAGUGUGAGUGGAUUGAUAACUCGAACUGUCAUUAUUCUGCUCCAUAUUUUAAUGUAAGAUUUUACUAGGUGAUCUUAGUGCAGCUUUCUUAUUUGAAAACUUUACCAAUUGAGGAUGAAUUAGAUCACUUUGUUGAUAAUCUUUCAUAUUGAAGGAAUGAUAGUGGUUGUGAUAUAGACUUACGGAUAACUCUUUAGUGGAAGCUCUUCUUGAUGGCUGUGAUAAACACAUUCUAUACUAGCAUGUUUUCUGAUAGGCUGCAAAACUGUUUUGAACACUGAGAAAAAUCUAUUUACAAGAAUCAAACCAAAACCUGUUAUAAAUUUGAUGAUUUUUAUCGUCAUAUAAUCUCCUGACGAAAAGAAAUAUGCAUGUAAAAGGUUGUUGUUUUAGCUAUACAACUAUAAAAGAAGCUAGUAUUCCUCUAAAUAAUACCAUACAGAAAAAAAAGGUGAACAAAAUUUAACUCUAUAAUCGAAAGCAGCGUAGAAAAAAGAGCGUUCUUAUUGAAACCAAUUUCCAAACUUUCUAGGUACGUGAAAAAUACAAAACAUUAUCAAACUAAAGAACGAAUGCCACCGGUUAUAAACAAAAAACAGAUUUAUUUCAUUCUUACCAACUCUUGAUAAACAAAGAAACCACAAGUAAACAUAUAAAACAAUCGCGUAGGUCGUAAAUAACAAAGAAAAAAGUCAAACAUAGAAAAAUAUCAACUUAUCAACAUCUUUUAACGGGUAUAUCCAAGUAAGUGAAUUUAGGGAAAGCGAUUUUAGCUCCGCAGCCUGCAUUUGCUCCCGACUGCACCGUUUUCCCCCCAGGGACGCGCAGUUUGUGGUGAGCUCGAAAGCGCUGCUAGAUUCGGCUGGAACAAAACCUAAAAUAAUCCCCAUUUUCCCAGGACCGGCCAAAGAAAAGGCCAAGUAUUAGAGAACCCACCAUUUCUUUCACCCUACACAACUCAGCGACGGCAAAUGCAGUUGUACAUAUUUUCAAUCUGCACCACCACCAUUUAGUUGCGCAAAUCCUUUAACCAACUCAUUCCUCUUUCCUAGGGUGGAACUAAGCAGCCGCUUUCAAUAUUAGUGAGAUGGAAAAUCCAGGAACUUUCCGUAAUGUUAGAGAAUACAUAUUAAAAUUGUUUAAAGAGAAGAAGGAAGCAACAUGAUACAACGUGAAAGUUGAUAAAAUUUUAUCGAUAUUGUAAAAUAGUCUAGAGACAAUGGUAAUUUAUUCCCACAGUGGAAGGAAAAUAGUCAGUGAAAUUUAGUCAUUCUAUUCGAACAUACUAGUGGUUAAAACUAACAUGAAAAAAAAAUCUAGUUGAGCAAGUAAUUAAACAACAAUGCCAGUUAAUGUGCCGCUGUAUUAGUGACUAUGUUUUACCAAGCAGAGACUUAGACUAUUAUAAAGGAAUGCUACCCGGACCGUUAAACCUUGCUGGCUGCGAUUGAUUUCGAGUUUUGCAUUUCCUGUUGAAUUACCGCAGUUGCUGUCCAAUCCAAACAGGGACGACGACGCUUCUUAACUGGUAACUUCAUAAGCAAAAGUAAUUUGUUGAAAAUUGGCACAAAUGCUUAGUAACUUGCAGAAGCAGUAAAGUGCAAAGGCAGUUUAACACAUUUGACGAAUCCGCACGCAAAAAAAAAAAACAAACCUAUGGCAUACAAUUUGUUGCAGAAUAUAUCGAAUCAAAGUACAAUAACAAAAAUGGAAUGACAUGCCAGAAAAUAAAGAAUGAAGAAAGUUAA